AUGGCUUAAUUAUAAAAUUUUAGAAGAAACCCAAACGAAUCUUUAAUAGACAGAUUAAAAGAAUACAUAAGCGAAUAUAAGCUAAUAAUAUUUUUAACUAUAUCAAUAAUAGUAUUAUUUUUCUAUGGAAAUUACGCUCGUAAAGACGAUGAAUUAGAACACAAAAUAGUUCCAAAUUAAAUAGACUUCAUUUAAUAAAAAACUGAAUACUUUACAAGUAUAUUUGAUUUCUAGUAAGGAUCUAUAAACAUCUAAAAUAUAUUCAAUGAAUAAAUAGAAAAGCAUUUUAAGCCUAUAGAUUAAACAAUAUUUGAUUUUUAUAUAGAUGAAUAAUUAACUGACAAGGAAAAAAGUAAUGACUUACUUAAAUUAGUAGAAAAUAUUUUAUAAACAAUUAAACAUGCAUCAACAAUUAAUGAAUAUAUGAAAAAUACUAAUUCUACAAUAAAUAAGAAUAAUAAAUUAUUAGAUGAUUGUAAAAUUAAUAUUAUUGAUAAAAAUAAUAACGAUAUGGUUAGUUUCGCAAAUGAAUUUUUAGAUUAAAAUAAACAUAUUAGUGAAAUAGAAAGCGAAAGAGAUAAAUUAAGAGAUAAAAUUAACAAAUUAACAGAAUAAAAAAAUGAAAAUGUUAAUUAGUUAAGAGAAUAAAUUAGAGAAAAAAAUGACACUAGAGCAUCUUAUUUAUAAUAUAUUGAAAUUUAAUAAAAUUUAGAUAGGGAAAUAUAAAAUUUAUAAAUAUAAUGGACUAAAAAUAAUUAAACUAUAGAAGAAUUAGAACUUGAAAUUUAAAACCUUGAAGAUGAAAAAUAAUUCAUUAUUAAAAAACAUGAAAUUAAUUUAGAAUCUUAUAGAAGAUAUUGA